AUGCGCGCGCUCAGCAAGCGGCAGGGCAGCAGGGCGCACGAGGUACACAGGGCAGCAGGGCAGAAGGGCACGCGGGGCGCGCAGGACAACAGGGCGCGCGUGGCGCGCAGUGCUGCAGGGCGCGCGGGGCGCGCAGGACAGCAGGGCGCGCGGGGCGUGCAGGGCUGCAGGGCGCGCGGGGCGCACAGGGCAGCAGGGCAGCAGGGCGCGCGGGGCGCACAGAAGUGCAGGGCAGCAGGGCGCGCGGGGCGCACAGGACUGCAGGGCAGCAGGGUGCGCGGGGCGCACAGGGCUGCAGGGCGCGCGGGGCGCGCAGGACAGCAGGGCGCGCGUGGCGCGCAGGGCUGCAGGGCGCGCAGGGCAGCAGGACAGCAGGGCGCGCGGGGCGCGCAGAGCUGCAGGGCGCGCGGGGCGCACAGGGCAGCAGGGCACGCGGGGCGCACAGGGCUGCAGGGCAGCAGGGCGCGCGGGGCGCACAGGGCUGCAGGGCGCGCGGGGCUCGCAGGACAGCAGGGCGCGCGUGGCGUGCAGGGCUGCAGGGCGCGCAGGGCAGCAGGACAGCAGGGCGCGCGGGGCGCGCGGGGCGCACAGGGCAGCAGGGCUGCAGGGCGCGCGGGGCACAUAGGCGCAGCAGGGCAGCAGGGUGCGCGGGGCGCACAGGGCUGCAUGGCAGCAGGGCGCGCGGGGCGCACAGGGCUGCAGGGCGCGCGGGGCGCGCACGACAGCAGGGCGCGCGGGGCGCGCAGGACAGCAGGGCGCGCGUGGCGCGUAGGGCUGCAGGGCGCGCAGGGCGCGCAGGGCAGCAGGACAGCAGGGCGUGCGGGGCGCGCAGGGCUGCAGGGCGCGCGGGGCGCACAGGGCUGCAGGGGGCGCGGGGCGCAGAGGGCAGCAGGGCAGCAGGGCGCGCGGGGCGCGCGGGGCUGCAGGGCGCGCGGGGCUGCAGGGCGCGCGGGGCGCACAGGGCAGCAGGGUUGCAGGGUGCGCGGGGCGCACAGGGCAGCAGGGCAGCAGGGCGCGCGGGGCGCACAGGGAUGCAGGGCGCGCGGGGCGAGCAGGAAGAGGGAAGGGAGGGACGGGCUGCUGGUCGGUCACACUCGCCACCCCCACAUCUCCCCCCCUUCCACGGCAGAAGCUACGAGAGGGAAGGGGGAGGGGAGGGGGGGGGGGCGUUAG